AUGAUUUGUGGACAGGUGGCGGCGUCCUUUGAUAAUGCCGCUACACGUCUAACAGCUGAGCUGUAUUACGUAAGAGAUGGUCAAAUCAACUCCUACGCACUUAACUUCGUUGUUCCCGUUCCUGCUAAUAUUGGAGAGUUGCAUUUUUCGUGGCAGAGCUUAACAAGACGACCGUUACCAUACACGCUGCGAGUGGAUGUCAUCUCUCAUCCCGAGGCUUUACACCCGCCAACCUUCAGUAUUCCAAGUACUGGCCUGGUGCCAACUGAACCACAAACGUGGCAAGUGGAUCUGCCCUGUACACACACGGUAGCAGCUGAAGUGGACGUCACCAUCGCCCUUAACAUCUCCACUGGCUCAUCAUCCACGACAUUACAUUUUAGGAGACGUAAAAUAUGCCUUAAAGAUGCUCCACGACCCGCUGUAAGAGUGGAUAAUGCACCUCAUGCUCCUACCUCUGCUGAUAUAUUCUACGCUGGGGCUGGUUGUGCUGGUGGAGUCAUUAUUUUAGCAGCGGUCGCAGCAGUGGCUUGUCGAGCUCGCGCCAGAAAACUUCGGAGAGCAAGAAGCGAUGAGCAAGAUGCUCACGCUUUCUUACCAGACUCUUCAUGCAAAUCUGCAGCUAGCUAUACAAGCUAUCGGCGUCCAACGUCUUUACCGCCGGUUGCUCCUGAAGAAAGGGCUAGAGAUCUCCAACAAAGAAUAGCAGAGUUGACAAUACAAAGAUGUCGAGUGAGGCUACGAUCAGUGGCGAUGGAAGGCACCUUCGGUCGUGUAUACAGAGGAACAUAUGCAGACGAAGAUGGCAGGGAACAAGAAGUGUUAGUCAAAACGGUGGCUGAACAUGCAUCACAAGUACAGGUGUCACUACUUCUUCAAGAAGGCUGCAUGCUGUACGGGCUUCAUCAUGAGCGGGUCCUAUCCGUUCUGGGUGUCAGCAUUGAAGACCAGACGGCACCAUUCAUUCUGUACCCCUGGGGUCCAACCUGGAGAAACCUAAAGCAGUUCCUAUUAGCAUGUCGAGGAGUUACAGUAGGUGGGGCCACGGGUGCUCCGCCCCCUCCAUUAACAACUCAACACGUGGUCAGAAUGGCACUUCACGCCUUGGAUGGACUUUCCUAUCUACAUUCGCAACACGUACUGCAUAAGGACAUCGCUGCAAGGAAUUGCGUAGUUGACGAGAAUCUACGUGUCAUGAUAGGAGACAACGCGUUAUGUAGAGACCUCUUCCCAGCUGACUACCACUGUUUAGGAGAUAAUGAAAACAGACCCAUCAAAUGGCUGGCUCUUGAGACACUCUCAAAGAAGCAGUUCAGUCCAGCAUCAGAUGUAUGGGCGUUGGGAGUACUUCUAUGGGAAUUGACGACGCUGGCACAUCAGCCAUAUGCGGAAGUCGAUCCAUUUGAAGUAGCUGCGUAUUUGAGGGACGGUUAUAGGUUGCAGCAACCGGCCAAUUGUCCGGACGAAUUGUUCGCAGUAAUGGCCUACUGUUGGGCUAUGUCACCCGACGACAGACCAACGCUACCACAACUGCAAAUAUUUUUACGUGACUUCCACGCUCAACUUACGAGAUUCGUCUAG